AUGGCUCUCGAUUUACAUCGUAAGUACAUCGAGAGAAGACAAGACAGUGCACCGUUGAAGGUGGCAACCAAAGACAUAAUAAAUUCUAAAUAUUACUUGGACCCUCUGGAGUUGUUGGGUGAGAGGAGCUUCAAUGAACCUCGAGAAGUUGAUGAGUCCGAAAUCGGAAGUCCGAUACAAGAGUUUUUCCGGGAUGCAGUCGUAUUUUUAACCGGUGGUACAGGUUUUAUGGGAAAGGUUCUAGUGGAAAAACUGCUCAGAACAUGUCCUCACAUAAAACAUAUUUAUUUGCUGAUCCGAUCUAAGAAGGGCAAGAACGUCGAUGAACGAUUGGAAGAUAUAUUUGAAGACAGGUUGUUCAAAAGAUUAAAAUAUGAAGUUCCCAAGUAUUAUCAUAAAGUUUCCGGAGUAGCCGGUGACUGCAGUUUGCCGGGUCUAGGAUUAAGUGUAAGCAGUCGAAAUACACUGAUUAAAGAAGUGAACAUAAUAUUCCACGGAGCAGCGACUGUGCGUUUUGAUGAACAUAUUCGAGUGGCUAUGGACAUAAAUGUUUCUGGGACAAGAGAAAUGAUAAAUUUGGCCAAGACUAUAACCAACUUAAAGGUCGUAGCACAUAUUUCAACUGCAUUUUCAAAUUGCAACCGAUUGCACGUCGACGAAAAAUUUUACGAUCCUGUUGCUGACUAUAAAGAUGUAUUGAAAUUGGUUUCUUCUACCGACGAUCAAACACUUCAUGGUAUGACUAGCAAAAUCCUUGGCGAGCUACCAAACACUUAUUCUUUUACGAAAUCCUUGGCAGAAGAUGCCAUUCGAAGAGAAGCACAAGAUCUUCCAAUAUUAGUUUUCCGACCAACCGUGGUGGUUGGUACUUACCGGGAACCAGUUAGAGGCUGGAUAGAUAAUGUAUAUGGUCCAACAGGAAUCGUAGUUGGAGCUGGUACCGGAGUACUUCAUACAUAUUAUCUCGAUUCUAAUAUUGUAACCGAUAUAAUUCCCGUCGACAUUGUUGUAAACGCUCUUAUAUGUGCUGCUAAAGAAACGGCAACUGCAAAAGUGAAACAUGAUGAAAUACCAAUAUAUACAUGUUCAAGUUCAAUACAAAAACCAAUUAAAUGGAAUGAGUUUAUCGAGUUAAAUAAACGUUAUGGUAUGCAGUGGCCUACAAUUCGGGCGAUUUGGUAUUCUUCGUUUUGGGUUACUAAAAAUCCAUAUUUAUAUGCAGUGUUAAAUUUUUUUUGUCACGUUGUGCCUGGGUAUACACUGGAUACAUUGGCUCGUUUUUCUGGACAAAAACCAAUAUUGAUGAAUAUUUAUAAGAAGAUUGAUAAAGUACGCGAUAUACUAGCAUAUUUCUCUAACAAAGAAUGGACGUUCCCUAAUGAUCGAUUACUGGCGCUAUGGGAUACUCUCGACGGUCAAGAUAAAGAAUUAUUCAAUUUCGACAUACAUCAAUUGUCAUGGGAUUAUUUUUGUCAGGCAAACUGUCUUGGUUUAAGAGUUUACCUCGUAAAAGAUGAUAUACACACAUUGCCUGCUGCCAGGAAAAAAUGGGAAAAAUUAUACAUAGCACAUAAUAUUCUGUUAAUAUUUGUGUACGGAAUUGUGUUGUGUUGUCUCUGGUUGAUUGUGUGUGUACCACUAAAAUUGACUGGGUUCAUGUAA